AUGGAUGGACGAGCAGAGAUGGAGGUGAUAAGAAGCACAAAAGGGAGUGUGGCAGGGGAGGUCAGUGUCCACUUGGUUUCCAAUGAGACUACUGUGCAAAAUGCCCACCUACCAGCAACUGCCUUCAUCAUUCCAGCAAAUACAACCACUGUAAACCUUCCAACAAGCACCUUAGAAAUCCAACGAUUCCCUCGGGAUCCGCAGAAAAACAUGGGCACAGAAAGGCAAAGAGAGGUCACUGGCAAUGAGCCUAUCACAGCAACGGUCAUCCCACAGAUCAGUGGUGUUCAGACUUGCAAUACCAUCCGAGUUCUGGAAUGGAAAGAUGGGGUGGCCACUCUCCCUGGCAGCAACCUACGGUUUCGGAUCAAUGACUAUGGGACACUGAAAGUGGUCAGUGCUGACAAGCUUUCGCCUGCAGAGCAUGUGAAGGAGUGCCACAUGGAAAGAGAUGGGGACGAUGAGAUGGCACCUCCCACCAGCAAGGACAGUCCUACUGCAGCUCCAGAUGUUCCAGAGCCACCAAAGCCUCCGAAUGUGGACAGCUUGUGUCACUGUGGUACCUGUGGCCGAAGAAACAUCACAGGGUCAGCCCAGGAAGGCAGGGGGUUUUGCAGUGAGAACUGCCACCAGCAAUUCAAAGAAAGGUCUGUCAUUGUGGAGAAUUCUGCUGGCAGCACCAACUCCACUGAAAUCCUCAAGCCAGUGAAGAAGCGGAAGAGGAAAGAUUAUCAGAGCCCCUCCGAGGAGGAAGAGGAAGAGUCUGAGCAAACGGAAGUGAAACAAGAGGAAACAAAUGGCUCUGGAGGAGAACUUCCUACCAGCAACAUUGACAAUGAAGAAUGGCACGCAAGUCAACUUGUUUCUGGUGAGGAGAAGACAGACGGCUGGACCUGGGCGUCUUACCUGGAAGAACAGAAAGCUGCAGCUGUCCCUAUAAAUUUGUUCCAGGAACACCAGUUGGUCACCCAGCACAAGAAUGGUUUCAAGGUGGGGAUGAAACUGGAGGGGAUCGAUCCCCAGCACCCUUCUAUGUAUUUCAUCCUCACAGUGGCAGAGGUAUGUGGUUAUCGGAUGCGGCUUCAUUUUGAUGGCUACUCUGAAUGUCAUGAUUUCUGGCUGAACGCCGAUUCCCCCAACAUUCAUCCUGCUGGCUGGUUUGAGAAGACAGGACACAAACUCCAGCCCCCCAAAGGUUACAAGGAAGAAGAGUUCAACUGGGCCAAUUAUCUAAGGACCACCAAAGCUCAGGCUGCUCCCAAGCACCUCUUUGUGACCCGAGACAGUAAUGCUGCUCCCACGGGAUUCCAAGUGGGGAUGAAACUUGAAGCGGUGGACCGUAUGAAUCCUUCUUUGAUAUGUGUUGCCACAGUGACAGAUGUGGUGGACAAUCGUUUUUUGGUGCACUUUGACAACUGGGAUGACACAUAUGACUACUGGUGUGAUCCCACCAGUCCUUAUAUCCACCCAGUCGGUUGGUGUCAGGAGCAUGGAAAACCUCUCACUCCUCCACAAGACUAUCCUGAUCCUGAGAACUUCACCUGGGAAAAAUACUUACUGGAAACAGGUGCUUCUGCAGUGCCAGCAUGGGCCUUUAAGGUGAGGCAGCCCCAUGGCUUCUUGAUCAACAUGAGGUUGGAGGCUGUGGACCGAAGGACUCCAUCCCUGAUCCGAGUAGCCACUGUGGAAGAUGUAGAGGACUACAGAAUAAAGAUCCAUUUUGAUGGCUGGAGCCAUAUCUACGAUUUCUGGAUUGACUCAGAUCACCCAGACAUUCACCCUGUGGGAUGGUGCUCAAAAACUGGACAUCCAUUGCAGCCUCCUCUCAGGCCGAAGGAACCUGUCUCUUCAGCCAAUGGGAGCUGUCCAACCUUGGCCUGCAAGACCCUCCCGAACACGAAGAGCUCCAAAUAUAGCUUUCACAGAAAGUGUCCAACACCUGGUUGUGAUGGCUCAGGUCAUGUGACAGGGAGAUUCACAGCUCACUACUGCAUCUCAGGGUGUCCCCUGGCAGAGAAGAACCAGGGAAGAAUGAAGGCUGAUCUCUCAGACACAGAAAACUCUGUUCGAAAGCGGAAUCUAAUUGGCUUCUCUCAGCGGAAGAAAUCUCGACACCACGGAAGAGGGCGACCUCCAAAAUACCGGAAAAUCCAGCAGGAAGAUUUCCAGACCAUUUCUCCGGACAAUAUGCACCAGUCUCUCUUCAUGUCAGCCUUGUCAGCACACCCAGACCGUUCCCUGUCCCUCUGCUGGGAACAGCACUGUAAGCUCCUGCCAGGAGUAGCUGGAAUCACAGCAUCUACUGUUGCCAAAUGGACCACGGAUGAGGUCUUUAGCUUUGUACAGACAUUGACGGGUUGUGAGGAUCAAGCAAAACUCUUCAAAGAUGAGAUGAUCGAUGGCGAAGCAUUCCUUCUGCUGACUCAGGCUGACAUUGUGAAGAUCAUGAGCGUCAAACUUGGCCCAGCACUAAAAAUCUACAAUGCCAUCCUCAUGUUCAAAAAUGCUGAUGACACCUUAAAGUGAACCAUCUUGGGCAAUGUUUGACUUUCCUUCACAUGGAAGCAGCCAAACUCUCUUGCCUGUCUGUCUCAGCAGAGUGGAGACCUUCCUGACUGCAACUUGCUCUCUCUCUUUGAGUCUUCGUCUUUGUUUACAUGCCAAAUCCAUCUCCUGUCUGUCUUCCUCUCUUUUUCCUGCCAGCCCCCAUCAUGUUCAACAGUGGAGCUCCAGCAACCACCU